AUGCAGUCUCCAGACGGACGCGCAUUUAACAUAUCCCCGGACUCAUCCCCGAACAGCCGGACUCCUUCAUCUGGUCUAGCUUCGACGAAGUCUGGGCGUGUCAAGGCACUUUCGUGUGACUUUUGUCGACGUCUCAAGAUGCGCAAUGCUCGCAAUGUGCGUCCCGAAACGUGGAGUGCGUUCGUUCCAUCGUUCCCCCUAAACCUUGUUAGGAAAGUGCACAUAGAGGCUAUGGAAAACCGUAUUCGACAACUAGAAUCAGUCAUUACAGCAGCGAUAUCAAGCUCGGAAAACUCAGACAAGCUCAACACUGUAUCAGAAAGGGCAUUCGAGGCCCAAGCUGAAAAGCCGGAUACCCGGUCAUUCGUUCUCAAUGGAGAAACCAGCUUUCGGUUUGUCGCGAGCGGGCGCGCUAAAUUUCAAGGCUCGUCAUCUGGAUUCUCCAUCUUUUCGCCAUCCGGUUUCCGCUGGAUUGCUAAGAAAACUGGAAACCGAGACUUGGAACGGGUUGUCUCCCAAGUCGCUCGACUUGACCUCACAAGUUGGCAUCCUGGCCACUGGGGCAAACACCUCAACGUAACAUGGCACCCGUUACCUCCGGAGCAACGCCACGAGCUGCCUAACAGAGCGACGGCAUUCGAAUACGUUGAAGGUUAUCCAGCCACGGACCCUCUGCGCUCCCCUGAAACUAUUCAAAUUCUUUCCGAUGAGCUGCCGGCCAGGUAUCUAAGAAAUGCGACAAGUGCCAUUACCGACCUUCAAUUCGGAAGCCCGUGCUUGAUGUCUGUACAGGCCAUUAUCACAAUGGCUAUCAUGCUCCUGGGUAGCUCGAAUCCUCUCGCAAUUGAGACUUUGGUAGCAAUUGCAGCACGCAUAUCACAUGCCAUCGGUUUGAACCGUUGGUUAGAUGAUUGCGGUCUUUCGGAACAGCAACUGGAUGAGCGACGUAACGUUUUCUGGAUGCUUUAUAUGAUAGACAAAGGUGUAGCCCUUUACGCUGGGCGCCCACCCGUCAUGCAUGACCAGGACAUCGGUGUCGCUCUACCGAAAUCAACGAACUCCUCGCUCAUGAUGCCGAGUGGCUUGCCUCACUUUAACACGUUCGUCCAUGCUGCCAGACUAGCCAUGAUCGAGAGCCAGGUAUACAGCGAACUCUAUUGUCCCAGGGCUCGUUCCAGACCAGCUCUGCAGAAGCUGAAGGCGGUCGGCAUUUUGGACGCGGAGCUCCAGAAAUGGCGACGAGAAAUUCCAAUACAUGUACGCCCUGAAAGUUCGAUAAACUGCGACACGCAACAAUUCCUGCCCGUCCUGGCUUUACACUACUCGUACUACAAUUGCCUCAAUACUAUUCAUCGCGCUUCUAUUCACUACGGGCCUUGGACCGAGCUGGCUGAGGAGCGAGAGCUAGUCAACCACGACCUCGGAUUGAACCCGCGCGUAUACGACAGCGAAUCAAUCUGCGUUCUCGCUGCAAGAGAUGUCAUAAACCUGCUUGACCAUUUCAAGCAAUAUCCUGCGCCGCCGAUGUUUUGGAUGAGUGUUUCCCAACCUCUGUGCGCUUCCUUGACCCUUUUCGCCAAUAUACUAGAGCAUCCGAACGACCCUCUCGCACAGUCUGACCUGGACUUAAUAUCAUCAGUCACUUCGCUUUUCGGCCAACUGGUGGCUCAAGGGCGCCUCCAGUUCGCCACCGGAACCCUAUGGAUCUUCCAAGAGCUGUAUCAGAUUGCGAAGUUGUAUCUGUCAGCUCCUGAAGCUCUAGUUGCAGAACCUCAGCCCGAUACCACGAACUUGGAGAGCUCGAUAGCAUCAGUGGCCGAAUGCUUUGAUAUGGCCGGUGCAGCACUUGAUGUCUCCCCGACGGUUCCGGUAACUUCACGCUCCGACUUCAACCCUGACGUUUGGUCCCCGUGGCAGGUGGAUACCAAUGAUUACGUCCUACGUGACGACUCCUCAUUCUCACCAAUCGAUAUCCGAUAA